GAGGAAUGGUGGGGGGAGAUACCAUAGUAGGAAGGUGUGUGUGUGUGAGUGUAGUGGGGGGACAAGCUGAGUGUGCGUCUCAUCUAACAGAGCUUAGGAGCGGAUUUUCUUCCCCCGUCAUCUUCGUCUGGGCGGUCGGUGGUGCGCCGUGCCGUGCCGUGAUACGCACGGCCAGCAGAAGACGCGCUGAUGCGAGCGGAUAUUCUCAUCAGCUGAGUCUAAUUGCUGUGAUUCCUCUUCCAACUGUGUGAUUGGCUGGGCGUGGGAUCAAUUCAUAGGACUGGUGAUAGUUGAGUGAGGAGGAGACCCCGCGCGCGCAGGAGAUAUUUGGGAAGACAGGGCGGAAAAAAAGAGGAGAGGAGAGACGCACGGCGGCAGGUCAAAGUUUGUUUUGCAGUAGUGGAGAUAUUCUUUGCUGCGGACAUCACUCUGCCUCAGAUUGACGCCGUGACGGAAUGACACUUUGAGAGGGGAUGAUGGACACUUUGGCACCAGAGCUCAGAAAUCCUCCCGUUUCCACGCGGCGCGGUGCUGACUGAAGCCCCCGGGACGGUGAUCAGUCACUUAUUUUCAAGUGGCAGCUGGGAUUUCCUCAUCCUUGAUCGUUUUCUCGCCCUCGGUCGCCGAAACGAGAGUGAGAGAAAUGGUGCGCACAGCGAUUCCUCUGAGACUGACGUGCGCACUCAUCACAUUGCCGUUAAGGAGCGCGUCUUAAAGCAGAGAGCCUCUCUCUUCGUUCAUGUUCACUCUGAACUUGUUGAACGGCGUCAGAGAGCAGAGGGAGCGGGGUCUGCGCACGAGCGAGCGUUCGAGAGACCCGUGUUGCCACACAGGACGCAAACCAUGACUGACAGCCAGGCAAGCUGAGACGACCUGUCACUCAUCUUCCUAUCAGCGUGUCAGGGGGCUAUCUCCUUUUCACCUUGCCCCCCCCCCGCCUCUGCCACCUUCUCCUCCACUGUCUCUCUCCAUCCCUCAAUCCUCUCCUCUUAUCUUCUCAAUGGGUUGGUAACCUCAACAUCAUCAUUGUAUCCACUGCUCCAGGGCGAGACGUAGUGAAAACGAACAACACACACUUCUGAACCAGCCCUCGCUCCCUGAAGGGACUCUGCUAUGCGUCCUUACUCCAGCUGAGUGAGCUGCAGUAAGACAAAGUACAAAAAAAAAGGAUCCCUUGCUCGCACGUCUUCAGGAGUUAUACCUGCUCGAGAAGGAGCUGAAAGAGGACCAGUCAUGCGAUUCCAUCUUGCAUUGACACUGCAGGCGCUGUGGACCGCUGUUUGCCAGGCGGCCAUGCAGCACUACCCUGCAGCGUGGGGCCACUACGACGUAUGCAAGUCCCAGAUUUACACAGACGAAGGCCUAACCUGGGACUACAUGGCCUGCCAGCCUGAGGCGCAAGACAUGACCCAGUACCUGAAAGUUACUUUGGAUCCCCCCAACAUCACAUGCGGGGACCCGCCGGAGACGUACUGCGCUCUGGAGAACCCUUACAUGUGUAAUAAUGAAUGUGAUGCCAGCACUGAGGAGCUUGCCCACCCUCCAGAGCUCAUGUUUGACAUCGAGGGCCGUAACCCUACCACCUUCUGGCAGUCCUCAUCCUGGAAGAAGUACCCGAAGCCCCUCCUGGUCAACAUCACACUGUCUUGGAACAAGACCAUUGAGCUGACCGAUGACAUUGUUCUUACCUUUGAGUCAGGCCGGCCUGAACAGAUGGUCCUGGAAAAGUCGCUGGAUUACGGACGAACCUGGCAGCCCUACCAGUUCUAUGCCACUGACUGCCUGGACGCCUUCACCAUGGAGCCCAAGACAGUGCAGGAUCUGACCCAGCAUACCCUGCUGGACAUCAUCUGCACCGAGGACUACUCACGAGGUUAUGUGUGGAAGAAUGACAAAACUGUACGCUUUGAGAUCAAGGACCGCUUUGCGCUGUUUGCUGGGCCGAGGCUCCACAACAUGGCCUCUCUUUAUGGCCAGCUGGACACGACCAAGAACCUGAGGGACUUCUUCACCAUCACAGACCUGAGAGUCCGCCUGCUGCGGCCUGCCACAGGGGCAACAAUGGUGGACGAGAACAACCUGUCCAGAUACUUCUAUGCCAUCUCUGACAUCAAAGUGCAGGGCAGGUGCAAGUGCAACCUUCAUGCCAACAGCUGCGUAUAUGACAAAGAGAAGUUGAGCUGCGAGUGUGAGCACAACACCACUGGGCCCGACUGUGGCCGCUGCAAGAGGGCGUACCAGGGGCGAGCGUGGAGUGCUGGCUCCUACCUGCCCAUCCCCAAGGGCACGGCUAAUAUCUGUGUUCCUAAUAACAUUGGUCCUGUUAUUCGGCCGAAUGUGUCAUCCCUAGGUGUCGCUAACCGAAAAGAAGUAGCACCUCAGGUUGCGUUGUCCACUGCCCCUUCUGUCUACGUUGCAAACAGCAAGCGAGACUGCGAAUGCUUUGGCCACUCCAACCGAUGCAGCUACAUCGAGCUGCUAAACACCGUCAUUUGCGUGAGCUGUAAGCACAACACUAGGGGCCAGCACUGCCAACUGUGCAAGCUGGGCUACUACCGCAAUGCCUCUGCAGAACUGGACGAUGAAAAUGUGUGCAUAGAGUGUAAUUGUAAUCCCUUUGGCUCAGUCAGUGAUCGGUGUAAUGGCACAGGAUUUUGUAUAUGUAAGGAGGGCACUACAGGGCCCAAGUGUCAGCAGUGUCUACCCGGCUAUUUGUGGGACGAUGGCUGCAAAUCCCGGGUGUGUGACAACGAGCUGCUGCGCUGCCAAAAUGGCGGGGCGUGUGUCAACAACGUCCGCUGCACCUGUCCCCCGGCCUACACGGGCGUGCUGUGCGAGAAGGCCCGCUGUGAAAAUGAGCUGGGCGGCUGCAGCGGCCCCGAUUCGGGCCAGGCCUCCUUGAUGCCUCCGUCGUUCCUCAGGCUGCUGCUGAUGCUGCUGCUGGGCUCGGUGCUGCUGAGAGAGGCUUCGUGCUGCCCCGCCGUGCUCUAAAGAGACCCAUGACCUGGUGGGAGUGAUACAAUCGCAACCAACACCCAACCCCCGCGCC